GAUUCAGUUUUGUUUCCUGAGUGCUGCUCUGGCAGGCGGGGAUAUCAGCGGAGGACUUGAAACAAACUGCUGUUCAGCGCUGUAGGGGCUGUGGACGGGACACACACUCGCUUCCCCACAUCCCCGUUUGGUGCAUUGAGCUGGUGUUGAGGAAUGGAUUCUGAACAGAAACCAGAAGUGCUGGAGGCUCCAACUGAGAAUCAGGAAAUGGAUAAACAGCAAGAGUUGCAAGAAGAGACACCCGCAAUCUCUUCAGAGCCCGACGGAGCUCAACAGAAACUCGCAGAACAAGAAAACGCUGUAGAAAAUUCCCUCGAGGAAAGUCGGGAUCCAGAGCAAUCGCCAGAGAAGUCUCCAGAUGAACCUCCUGCAUUGGAGAACCCUGUAGAAAAAUUGGCAGUGGCGGAGAAAUCUCCAGCAGACGAGUCUUCUGAAAAAGACGCUGAAGUUGAGACGUCCGCCGAGAAACCCGCAGAUGCAGAGAAAUCGCCUGAGGAGGUCCUAGAAGUCCAGACGUCUCCAGAGGAGUUUGUUCCCAAUUCAGAGCUGGAGGCAGAAACUGAGGCGACCCCAGAGCCGGUGUUGGAGCAGCAGACGGUGAAAGCUGUGGAGCCACCAGCCGCAGUUUCACCACCUGCAGAACAGGUGGCACCUGAACCCUCUGAGCAGCCUCCUACCCAACCAGAGCCUGAGAAACUAGAAGAAGAGACCGUAAAGGAAACUGAAUCGGAAAAGCGGAAAGAGGCGGUCAAUGAGGCGUCUGAGCCGGAGAAACCCGCUGAGGCCGACGCCGUAAAAGCGCAGGAGCCGGCGCGAGAGGCGGAGCCGGAGAAGCAAAAUCGCGAAGCCGUCGAAGAGCCUGCGCCUGAGAAAACGGGUGAGCCCGCAAAGGAGGAGUCGGUUCCAGCGGAGGUCCCAAAGAGUGCGGAGCCAGCUGAAGCUGUGAACGAGGCGGCACCAGCUGAAGCUGCCAAAGAAAAUGAAGCUGCGAAGGAGACCGAGGUGGCGGGAACGGAGUCUGACAAGCCGGCGGCCGCUGCGGUGGCCUCAGCAGAGCAGGAGAAGGCGGAGCAGCAGAAAGAGGUGGCGCAACCACAAAAGGAGCCGGAGCUACCACUUUUCUUCGGUUGGCUCCUUCUUCCAGAAGUUCAGGAGAGGAUUAAGUGCUACACCAUGGAUUUCCUCAAGACUCUGGACACACUUGAGGCCUUCAAGAAACAUCUCAGUGACUUUACGGGUGAGGCUGAGAAAACGUUGGAUCUGGAGCAGUAUUUUGAGGCCAAAGGUCCCCUUCACUGUACUGCAAAAUACUGUGACUAUGGCAAGGCGGAAGGGGCAAAAGAGUAUGCAGAGGAACAGGUGGUAAAGGAGUCGUAUGGCGGCCAGACCGAGCUGUCAGUCACCGCUCUGUUUGUGACCCCUCGUACGUUUGGUGCCCGAGUGGCUCUCACUGAAGAGCAACUGAAGCUCUGGCCCACAGGAGGUGAUACCGAAUGUCUUCCCCCUACCCUGACCGGAGUCGACGCCCUGCCGGUGGGCAGCCGCGCCCACGUGACGCUGGGUUGCUCUGCGAGCGUGGAGCCGGUCCAGACUGGUUUUGACCUGCUAGAGAUUCUGUUGUUGAAGCAGGGAGGGCAGGAGGGAACCACUGAAGAGGAGAUGGAGCUGGGUACUCUCUCCUACCUGGGCCAGGGUCGCUGGUACCUUGCCCUGAGGGAGGCCGUCACCGCCGACGCCACCUUCUCCAGUUACUCGGACGACAAGCGCCCUAGCGACCAGACCAAGAAAGAGGGGGAGAAGAAGAAGAAGGUCAAGUGCACCAUUCUGUGAAAGCGUUUGAAGAAAAGAAAGAAAGAGAGAGAGAGAGGGUGAAGGAGAGCGACAAUGUGUUGUCAGGGCUUUAGAGCCCUCGAGUAGCAGAUUUUUUUUUUUCUCUUUGUAUUUUUUUUUUUUUUGUGUGUUUGUGUGUAUGG